AUGAAAUCUCAACAACAAUUAAAUAUCGUGUUAUUAGUCCAAUUCACCCUGCCAUUUCUAACAAUUCACAUCCCAUUUUAUCUAACUUUUAUAAUGCCUCUUCUAAAUAUUUCAUCAACUGAAUUCUCAGUUUAUCUUCCAUUUUUAUAUUCCUGGUGUCCGGCAUUGAAUCCGAUUAUUGUAUUGAUUAUGGUCAAAACUAUUCGGGAUAAGAUCUUGCAUCCGGGAAGAUCUUCGCAAGUUCAAUCGAUCAUUCACAUCAAACAACAUACUUGA